AUGUCUGGUAUCCAAAUAUCCACCCUACUGUCUGCAUUUGGCAAGGAUUCAGCUGCACCAAAAAGCAGAGCUAUACAAUUAAAGUUGAAUAAUGAUGUAAUUCAUCAGAUAAGGCAGCGGGGAAAUAGUAAUGGAAUCAAACUAAUCGUAAGAGAUGGUAAUUAUGUAUGUAUCAGGACCCUGGGUACAAAUACAGGAAACAGACAAAGCACCAUCACUCUAUCACAGGGGGUAUUGCAUCAACAGGGGCAGUUUAUAAAACUAUCAGAAGACCUUGAGUAUCCAUGUUUGUCACAACCAGAGAAUCACAACGUUGACUUAUAUGCACUAGAUAAAUCGCCAGCUAGAUUACUCCAGUCAUCCACUUCGUCCUAUCAUGGACGUGUAGCCAUGAAAUUGACUGUCAUUACCGACUCGAAACGAAUCCAACAGUUGAAAAAUACGACAUCAACAACGGCAUCGGCCAGUGUUGCCACAUCCCCUCGUAUUAACUCAGCAUAUUCAAGUCCAAUAAUAACUCCACUAUCGUCACAGCAUUCAACUCCGGUCUUAUCCUCCCAUUCUGCAUCUACUUUCAACUCAUCUAAUGCUCCACCUCCUAGACAGCAAUCAAUUACUCCCACUCCGCCAUUAACAAAGAGCCAAUUAAUUUAUCUCAACAUUUACAAUCCUUUCAAGGUGUCCAUAAAUUACGACCCACAAGAAGUUGUAAAGAAGAAAUUUUUAAAUUUAUUAGCAUUGGGACCAAUUACUUAUUCAACAAUCGUAAAGAUAUUAGACUACACAGAUUUUGAUAAUUUACUUGAUGAUUAUUGUCAGGUUUAUAAUAAAAAUGACGCAUUUACUAAGGAGGAUAGGUUUCCAUAUAUUGAUAACAUCCAAGAGCAAGAUGUUUCAAAAGCGAAGCGAUAUAUUCUCAAGGAUAAGAGCUAUAAAGAAUUGAUUCCAUUGACUUGGGAUUUAGAAGAAGAGGAUAAAUUGGCAAUUAUCAAGAAUAUCAACAAUGCGCUAAAUCGGUUGGGUUACUCCAAAACGCAUCCUAUAAGGAAUAAAAUAAGUGGCAGUUCAGAAAAGAAUAAUGUGAACAAGACAGAAGAAUUGAAGCUGAAGAUGACAAAGCUGUCGCUAGGUGGUGGCUUUUUAAUUAGUAAGAAUAAGAAAAAAUCAGGUACUGUUACUGGUGAUAAUAUUACAUCGACUACUCAUUCACCUAAUCAAUCUUCGCGGUCAAGUCCAGCUAUAGCAUCACCAAACCCCCAGCAUAAUAAGGAUAAUGAAGCUUCAAUAACAACAGCUAAACUGCACUCGAGACAGACACUGCCAGUAAAGAAAUCAUCACACAAUGACAAAAGUGGAAGAUCACCACCAAAGAAGGUUCCUUUAAAGAGUGGUAAAGAAUCAAUUGAUGCUAAAACUAUAGCUGCAACAUCAGUGGGAACCACUUUCAUUCCUGGCCAAAAACGAAAAUUGUCAGUAUCCUCAACUACGUCUUCAUCUUCAUCUUCUUCUUCUUCUUCGUCCAACUUAUCCGACGAAGACACAAAAAGGAGACAUGUUAUCUAUACAUCACCACCAUCAUCGGAAGAGGAUAAUGCACUUAUCCACUAUGCAUCAACUAAAACAAAAACAAAACCUAAAUCCACUCCAUCGUCAUCCAAAUUGAAUUCGAAUGUGCCAUCCCCAGUCAAGGAAGAUUUGAGUGAAGGCACAACUAAUGAGACUAAUGGUGUUGGUGGGGACUUUGAAUAUUAUUCCAAAUUAGCCACAAAGUUCAAAGCCAAGUACCAGGAUUACAUAGAAUUAUACGACAAGUUGAAGCAUGACCAUCAUCUGACAAAUUACAAGACGGAUUUGAAAAAAUUGUUUGAGUUGCACCAUUUGUUAGCUGGUUGGAAAAAGCAGUUGUGGGAUUUUGAUGCUAGAAAUUACUCUUAG